GAGCCGUUUCUUUCAAAGAGCCGUUCAAAAUAGCUGUCUAAUUUGGCUCAUUUUUAUAUUUAUUACGUUAUAAGUCACCGUGCAACCACGUGACGUGUUGCUAGUUGUAAAUCUAAUAAGCACCGGCAAGCUGCGACUCGGUUCCCAGCUUCAUAUUAACGAGCCGUUGAAAAGAACCGAUUCGUUCGUGAACGUCCCAUCACUCAGGGGCAAGGGGGAGGGGUGUGUGUUUUGCCGGUUGCGGCGGUUCACAGAGAUUCUCCUUCAUCGGCACCGAUGAUGGCUUCUAAUCCAUCAGAAGCCAAUUAAUUAGAAUCCGUAUAUCCUUGACGUGGAAACGCUUGGACGAUAACAAGAAGAAAGAAGCUAAAUUAGCUAAAGCUAACCUGGUCAUCAUCAUCAUCAUCAUGGACGAGCACAAGGACGCGCGCAUGCACACGGAGUGCAGCAGGCUGACGGAGGAGAGGGACGAGGCGGAGAGACAACUCAAACACAUCAAGAGAGUGUCACAGAUGGUGAUCGAGGAGGUCAGCGUCCUGCAGACUCAGCUGGAGAUCGAGAAGUCGUGUCGGGAGAACGCCGAGGCCCUCGCCACCAAGCUGAACUGCGAGAACAGGAAGUUGAAGUACCUGAGCUUGUCGUCUCGGCCUUGUCUGGACGAGCUCUUCCCCAGCAUCUCCGACUGCAUGGCAGUGGAAGCCGACGGCGAGCCGACGGAGGACGACGCCGACGCCGACGCCUUGGAGCCGUACCAACAACAGGUCAAAGAGCUACGGGAGGCGGUCAGCAGCUUGCUGGAGGAGAAGAAGAACUUCCUGUGUCAAAUCCACGAGCAGCAGAGAAGACUGGAGGAGCUCACGUCUCAGACCCGACGAGAUGAGCAGCGAAUGAAGGAACUCGGCGACACGGUGGAACAACAACGCCAAACCAUCAAGAGGUUCAACAGAGUCUCCACGAUGGCCACGCUGGAGUACGAAGGCAUGAAGGAGCAGCUGGACUUGGAGCAGAACCUUCGAGUCCACGCCGAGACGUACGCACACGAGAUGUUGGUGAAGCAGAAGGAGGCCAAGCGUCAGAGCACGCUCCUCCUGCAGACCGCCGAGCCCACCCUGCAGCUCCUCAACGCUCUGGACGAGGUCGCCGCCGUCACCAAAACGCUGGAGGACGAGCGACUGCGGCAUCAGGAAACGGUGCGGGACCUGGAGGCCCAGGUGGACGGCAGCAGCGUGAAGAAGGACGUGGAGGCCCUGCAGAGGCAGGUCCAGCUCCUGGAGGACGAGAAGAAGGACUUGGAGGCCCGGCUGGAGCAGACGGAGAAGGACAACCUUCACCUGCAGAAGACACUCCAGCAGCUCCAGAAGGUCGCCAUGACGACCGACACGCCGCCACCUCCCGCCCCGGCACCCGAUGUAGCCCCGCCCCCUGCGCCUCUACCGCAGCCGCCCCCGCCUCCUCCUCCGCCGCCACCUCCGCCUCCUCCGCCACCCCCGUCCAGAUGCAACCCCCUCAGCUCUCUAAUCGCCAUCAUGAGGAAGACGUCCAAAGGGUCCAAAGCAUCUUUGAAGGUGGAGAACCCCCCGGCGUCCGAGGGCGUGGACGACGUGAAGGUGAAGGCCGUCAACGAGAUGAUGGAGCGCAUCAAGCACGGCGUGGUCCUGCGACCCGUCAAGAGUCAGGAGAGCAAGAGACUUGCCGUCAAACAGCCUCCAUCCAGCGAGGAGAAAGCUCAGGAGAGCGCCAUGGAUGAACUCAAGGGCAUGCUGGAGACGGUGAAGAGGAGUCCCAGUCGAGGUUCCCAGGAGGCGGCGCCAUCGCCAACGGGGAAGAAGGACAGCGAGCUGGAAGUCAUCCUCAGACGGCGCCGCAACAAGGCGGGAGAGGCCGGCUCCGGAGACGAACGCGACGGGCAAAUGAGUCACGUGUCGUCGUGCGACAGCUUGAACGGGCGCCGUGCCAGCAGCGACUCCGGGAAAGAUCCCGACGGGUCCAUCACCCCCUCCAACCCGACGGGCCCCAAGCUGGGCUCAGAGAGGCGGGGCUCCGGGCCGGGGCCCGUUGUGGCCAGAAGGAGGAGCUCAGACAAAGAACCCCGGGCGGGCUCCUGGCAGGAGAGAAGGUCCGGCUGCUCCGUGUCGGAAAAAGACCCCAUGGAGUCUCCGCUCGGGAAUGGCUGCGACCGCAGCGUUGCCGAGGACACCAGGUCCACCGCCAAGAUGCCUCUCCAAUCCAACGGCGUCCACCACAACGAGCACGGAGAAGACGCCAUCAUGAGCAACCAAUGACGACAGCCAGGUCGGCCUCUGAGAGGGGGCGUGGUCUUAUGACAUCACAAACGAUGCACAUGUUUUUUUGUUUUGUUUUUUAAAGUGACCUUUUUGUUUCUGCUAACCAAUGAUAACAGCCUGUUCGGUCACAUGACUGACAUGUGACGUAUGUAGUAUCUUAGUUAUUUUCAUGCAGCAGCUUCACUCACGAGCCACCAACAGCCGUUAAAAGCCACAAUGUCGCCACCUGCCGGCCAAUGGAAAUAAUGCUGGGUGUCCCUCAGUAUGGACAUACAGUAUAAAUACAUUAUAAAACGUCAAUUAAAUUCUGAAUUUAUCAAUAAAAACAAUUUGAAUCAUAUAAAUAUAAAAUAAUUAAAAUUAUACAGUAAUAAUAAUAAAAUUUUAAUAAUUAUAAUAUAUAUUUAAAUUUUUUUUUAAGUAUUUAAAAAAAUGUGUUUGUAUGUGUUAACUAUAUAUAUACAUAUAUUUGUAUAAUUGCAUUUUGCUGAUGUGUCCAGACUUUAGGGACUCCCUGUCAUUUUUAUUUCCCAUUUCUUUACAUUCCACGCAUUUCCCGACAUUAUGUCAUGAAUAAGUGCUGACUAACCGAGGCGAAGCUUAUUAUGCAACAACACACAAGUCCCCUGACGACUGAAAAGACUUUGCCGCCUCCACACGAAGGUGCUUAGCAAUCAGGUGUGGAUCAAUUAAAGCCAACCAGGGGAACUUGCUAUACUAUUUGCACAGAAACAAUUCCAUAUUUCGACCUUUUGUCACUUUGUGUCAUCAGUGUCCUGAUACACUUUUUUUUUUUUAACAUUAGCAUGAAAACAACAUGGAUGGAUGCAAAAUAUGCAUUAAGUAACAUCUCACUGUCCACUUUAUUAGGCACGCGUGUGGAAUGGAAUGAGAGCCCCCCCACAAGCCAAGACUCUCAUUAAUAAUAACGGUUUGGGAAGCAGCUUUGUCGGAAUUCCAUCCUUUGUCGGCUACCUCUCGUCAUUCACACGUCUGCGAUCCUAAAUCGUCUUUGUAAGAACGGAUGUCUUCCAAAACUUGCUUACGUAUACGAAUAUGAGGCUGAGACAUGGCUGCUCCUUAUUAUGAUUAUUGAUAUUGUGUGUGUGUGUUUGGGAUAAACAGCAUAUAUAUAAUGAGUGUUAUAGGGUUUUUUAAAAUAUGAAUUUUCAUGUAACCACCACUUGAAAUAAAUAACAAUGCAAAUUACAAUGUAUAUU